AUGAAUCAAGGCACGCGAGCGCGGUACAUCAAGACCGGCUGCUUGAUAUUCUUCGUGCUUGCGGCGCUCUAUUACAUCUUCCCGAGCGAUGCGAGUGUAGGCUCGUUCUCUACCGGCGAUGUCGCGAGCGAUCCGUCAGUCGGCACGGCGAAGUGCACGAAGAGCUACUCCAAGGACAAGCCGCUCAUUCAAUACGCGCUUAUGAUUGAUGCUGGCAGCACGGGCAGCAGAAUCCAUGUCUACCGGUUCAACAACUGCGGACCCACGCCGGAGCUGGAGAAUGAGGACUUCAAGAUGACGGAGAAGAAGGAGGGAGGCUCAGGAUUGAGCAGUUACAAGGGAGAUGCGGAGGGUGCUGCGAAGAGCUUGGACGUGCUGAUGGAGGUCGCGAUGAAGAACGUGCCAGACAAGCUGAAGGGCUGCACACCAGUCGCUGUUAAGGCGACCGCUGGGCUGCGGAAGCUGGGACCAGAGAUGAGUGAUGCAAUCUUGAAGGCUGUCCGGACAAGACUGGAGACGGUAUACCCUUUCCCUGUCGUCAGCGAGGCCAAUGGCGGCGUUGAAGUCAUGGACGGCAAAGAUGAGGGCGUCUACGCGUGGAUCACGACCAACUACCUUCUGGGCAAGAUUGGUGGACCGGACAACACCCCCACCGCUGCAGUCUUCGAUCUCGGCGGUGGCAGCACACAAAUCGUGUUCCAGCCUACAUUCCCGGCACCACACGGCGGCAUGCCCGAGCAACUUCAAGAGGGAGACCAUAAGUACAAGCUGAGCUUCGGUGGACGCGACUUUACGCUUUACCAGCACUCAUAUCUGGGCUACGGAUUGAUGGAGGCGCGAGACCAUCUCCAUCGCGUGGUCGUGGAGGGCAUGUACGAGAACUACGGCCCAUCGAAAGACUUUCUGAGCCAGCCGAUCCGAAACCCUUGCUUUGGCAUUGGCAUGAGCAAGAACGUGAAAGUGCCAUUGAGCGAGGGACACCCACUUGGCGCAUCUGUCACCGUCAACAUGACUGGCCCCGCAGUCAGCAGCCCAGCGCAGUGUCGUGCAUUGGCCGAGAAGACGCUCCUGAAGGAGGCAGAGUGCAAGCUCGCCCCAUGCGCUUUCAACGGUGUCCACCAGCCCAGUCUGGAGAAGACAUUCGCAAAGGAGGACGUAUACCUCUUCUCGUACUUCUACGAUCGCGUCCAGCCUCUUGGCAUGCCCGAAUCAUUCACUUUGCGUGAGCUCAAGGAGCUCACCGCUCGUGUGUGCCAGGGUGGAGAUGCUUGGAAGGUGUUCGAGUCCGUUCCAGGAGCGUACGAGGAGCUGCAGGACAGACCGGAGACCUGCUUGGAUUUGAACUUCAUGUUGGCGUUGCUGCACACGGGGUAUGAGAUGCCGAUUGACCGAGAGGUCAAGAUUGCGAAGAAGAUCAAGGGUAACGAAUUGGGAUGGUGUUUGGGUGCGAGUUUGCCUCUGUUGAGCCAGGAAUCGGGAUGGAAGUGUAAGGUACAGCAGGUCGCAUAG